ACUGUCGUUUUAAUAUUCUUUUAGGAAAAGAUUGUCAGAAAACAUGAAACGAUGUUUUGAAAAACUGCUUUAAAAUGAAUAAAAAACUGACAAAUAUUUUUGAUGUGAUGUAGUAAUCGUUUGUUAUUUCUUCUGUAAUGUUCUUGCUGUUUUAAUACUGUCUCCAAUUAUAAUCAAUCCUAAUUCAUACUGAAAUACCUAUAGUUCACACAAAUCUGAAUCAAGAUGAGUUACAAGAAUUCUUGUAGUCAUUUGGAUCAUGUCACCAACAUUCCAUUAUUAUUAAAUUUUUUAAAUUCCAAAAAGAAUUUGGUGUGCUCUGAUUGUGACUAUGCUGGGCAAAAGCUCUGGAUAUGCUUGAACGAAAAUUGUUUGAAAUUAGGAUGCUCAGAUCAACUCAGUGAUCAUAGCACCUUACAUUUCACAACUAACCCUUCACAUUGUGUGCAUAUGAAUUUGAAGUCCCAAAGGUUGUGGUGUUAUGUCUGUAACAGAGAGGUUUUCAUGGAUACUUCAUUAGAUUCAAGCAAAGACGAUGAAUCUACAAUUUGUUCUCCAGAUACUACCUUGAAAAGUUGUGAGAGUUUAAAUGCCAAAGGAGGAAACGUUCAUCCUCCAGAAAAAAAUGUUGGAUCUGGGGGAGAUUACACUGAUUCUUCUGAAAGUGAAGACUCUGAUAAUCUAGGACUUGAGAAGCCUGCUGGGCUUGUUGGUUUACAAAACAUUGGCAACACAUGCUACAUGAACGCAGCCUUACAGGCAUUGAGCAAUGCAACUCCCCUAACCAGGUUCUUUUUGGACUGUCCCCUAAUUGUUCAAGCAUUGUCUGAAGGCAAAAAGCCAGGACUUAGCAGAAUUUAUCAGUCUUUAAUGCGCGAUAUAUGGUUAAAGAAAAGUGGUGGUUUUGUUUCUGCUUCAGGUAUUCUUUAUGGUAUAAGAACGGUUCAUCCAAUGUUUAGAGGCUACCACCAACAUGACACUCAGGAAUUUCUAAGGAACUUCAUGGACCAGUUACACGAAGAAUUGAAGCAGCAGUGUGCAAUAGAAAAUACCCAUCCCGACACCGAACACUACACUCUUGCUCUGGAUGAUCACGCUGUCAGUUCCAGCCAUGAUUCGAGCGAAGGUGAAUAUGAGACUUGCGACUCUGGAGUCAGCGAAAGAUCCAGUCUGAGCGAUGAUAACGAGAGACCUAGCAGUACAAAUAAAAGACGACUCAGCAAUUCUACUAGUCCUGGUAGGAGGCUGAAGGCCAGGCAUCUUAAUUCUGGUGUGAUAGAUUGCCAACCAAGUACAAGUUCUUCAUUACCUAAUUCUGACAAACCACAAGUUAAAUAUCGAUCUAUAAUAUCAGAUAUUUUCGAUGGCAAACUACUUUCAACGGUCCAAUGCCUAACGUGUAAUAGAAUAUCUAGUCGUGUAGAAACAUUCCAAGAUUUAUCUUUGCCCAUACCAUCCAGAGACUACCUUGUUCUUUUACAUGGAAGGAGUUUGCAACCUGGCUCUACUUGCUCAGAAGCUGUAAUUCCAGUACAGGACGGUUGGAUGGCCUGGAUAUUCAACUGGUUCAAAUCAUGGUUUUAUGGACCCACAAUCACUUUACACGAUUGUCUGGCAGCAUUCUUUAGCACUGAUGAACUCAAAGGUGAUAACAUGUACAGCUGUGAAAAGUGUAAUAAACUACGCAAUGGUAUUAAAUUCAGCAAGGUUCUCCUGCUACCCGAAGUACUUUGCAUCCAUUUAAAAAGGUUCAGACACGAGCUGAUGUUCAGCAGUAAAAUCUCCCUAGCUGUUAGUUUUCCACUCAGUGGCCUUGAAAUGAAACCGUACCUGCAUAGCGACUGUGUGUCAAAAGUUACAUCCUACGAAUUGUUUUCGGUGAUAUGUCAUCAUGGAACGGCCGGGGGAGGCCAUUAUAUAAGUUACGCUCUCAACGACGGUCAGUGGUACGAAUUCGACGAUCAGUACGUUACCAGGGUAUCGGCGGAAAAGGUAGAAAACUGCGAGGCCUACGUCUUGUUCUACAGGAAGUCCAUGCAUCAAGCUGACGAAAUCAAGAUGAGAGCUAUAGAAUUGUCCGACAUGAUCGAUGAUGUGGACAAGGAAGUGGCGUAUGUGUCAAAACAGUGGAUGAACCGAUUCAACACUUGUGCCGAACCCGGGCCCAUAGAUAAUUCUGAUUUUUUGUGCCAACACGGAUCGAUGAAUCCCGACAAAGUACUAAUACUGAAUCAAGUAUCGCUCGUUCUUCCUCUAGGGGUGUACGAAUAUCUUCAUAGGGUUUACGGCGGUUGUCCCCCUAUUACAUGUGUGCAUGUUUGUCCGUGUUGUCAAGCCUUCAACAAAAGACUGCUCUUGGAAAUGGAAACGUUUGUCCAAUUGUCUACAGAAGCGCACUCCCAAGACUCCCCCCUCACGCAUUUACUCUCAGUGUCGUGGUACAACCAAUGGCAUAAUUUUGUGAACAAGAAAGUACAAGAAUCCCCAGGUCCCAUAGAUAAUUCCAAGAUAAAUUUAAACGAUAUUGAUUUAAAUGAAUGUGUCAAUGUGCCAGAAGAAAUUUGGUUAUUUUUCUACAACAUUUAUGGUGGCGGUCCGGAACUUCGAAUAAAACCACCUACCCCUGAAAUGUCAGAUAGCGAAAAUGUCGAGGAAGAAGUUAGUGAAGCUGAUAUCGAGUUCGUCAUUCCCACUCUCAGGAGGAAACCAGAAGUGAGUCUGGAUAGGAAAAAUUAUUGUCACGGAGAGCCAGUGGAUUUGGGUGGUUGUAAAGAAAGUACUGUAGAGACAAAUGUGGAAAACGAACAAGAGGGUGAAGAACCUUCCUUGGAUCCCCAUAAAUGUUCUAAUGGCGAUGAAGAUGUACCAAAAAGUAAUAAUAGUAAUUUAUUAUCGUCUAGAUCCACAAAUUGUAUGGACGACAGUGCAGGUUUCGAUUGUAAGAGUAAUAAUUUUCAAGUUAGUCAUGAUUCAAGUCGGAAAAAAUUCAACAAAGUGUGUUUAGAUUCAAAUUGAGUUGAGCUGUUGUAUCGAUAACACCAAUAAAAGGGAUUUGUAUUGUUGUAUUUUCUAUUUUAUUAAUGUCAAAUAGAUGAUAAAUUUCCAAAUGGUUUUGUUUGAUUUGAUAAUGAUGCUGAUACAUUUGAAACUGUUUUAAAAUUAUUAAAAAUAUUUGACGUGAA